GAACGACAUAAAAUCGUUGCAGAAAAGAAACGUGAAGACUGAAGUACAAACUCAAACAUCGCAUCUCAGUUCUUCAUCGGCGCCACCGCGAAGAAUCCACCUCAACCCUCGGUUUUUGUUGCUUUUUUUUUUUCUCAUCUGAAGGUUAUCAAUGGGCAAAGAGGGCCAAGCGGCGGCUAUGGAAAUUGACGAUCCGAAAUCAAACGCGUCUGAUCAGAUUGUUCCUAAGUUCUCUAUAAACGUGUUGCAGCUGUUGAAAUCUGCUCAGAUGCAGCACGGAUUGCGGCACGGGGACUACACUCGCUAUCGGAGGUAUUGCACAGCUCGGUUAAGGAGGUUAUAUAAAUCAUUGAAGCUCACUCAUGGCCGUGGGAAAUACUCCCGUCGACCGAUUACUGAAGCUACUGUGACCGAAGUCAGGGUUCUUCAUCGGGUUCUUUAUACGGCAGAGAGAGCUUGGAGCCAUGCCAUGGAAAAAAGACAGCUUUCUGAUGGCCCCAAUGCACGCCAGCGAAUCUAUUUGAUUGGUAGGCUGAGGAAGGCAGUAAAGUGGGCUACUCUGUUUUCACAGUUGUGUGCAACUAAGGGAGACUCUAGAACUUCUUUAGAAGCUGAGGCCUAUGCAUCCUUUAUGAAAGGGAGUUUGUUGUUUGAACAAGAUCAGAACUGGGAGACAGCAUUGAUGAACUUCAAAAGUGCCAGGGCUGUUUAUGAGGAACUCAGGAAGUAUGGAGACUUGGAAAAUCAAGUUUUGUGCCGUGAACGUGUUGAGGAACUAGAACCUAGUAUCCGUUACUGCUUACAUAAGCUUGGCAAGUCAAAUUUACAAACCUCUGAACUUUUACAAAUUGACGAGAUGGAAGGUCCUGCACUUGACCUCUUCAAAGCUAAAUUGGAGGCUGUUAUGGCAGAGACAAGAUCUCAACAGGCAGCAUCAAUGACAGAGUUCCAUUGGCUUGGUCACAAGUUUCCUAUAUCUAAUGCUAAAACAAGGGUUGCCAUUUUAAAAGCUCAAGAAUUGGAGAAAGAUUUACAUGGUCCAACCGCCGAAACACUCCCAGGAGACAAAAGACUUGCCAUUUUUGACAAAAUUUUUACCGCAUACCAUGAAGCCAGGAGCUGCAUUCGCAGUGACUUGGUCAGUGCAGGUAGUUCUGAAAACGUGAAAGACGACUUAAAUGGUCUUGAUAAAGCUGUUAGUGCAGUACUGGGACUACGAACCAUUGAGCGCAACCAGUUGCUGGUUAGCAUAGCAAAAAGUAAGCUUACUAGGCAACGUGACGAUAAAAAUGAGAAAGCUACGAAGCCUGAAGAGCUUGUUCGCUUAUAUGAUCUUCUAUUGCAGAAUACUGCUGAUCUUUCAGAUUUAAUCAGUUCUGGAAGAGAUAGGAAGCCAGAAGAAGUGGCCUUUGCUGAAGAAUGUGCGCUUAAAAGUUUGGCCUUCCGAGCAGAGAGGUGUUUCUUUUUGGGUAAAUCAUACAGCCUUGCUGGUAUGAGGAAAGAGGCAUAUGCAUUGUACACCCGUGCCCGUUCUCUUGCUGAAGAUGCCUUGCAAAAAUUCCAGGCUACAGGCACUGGCGAUCAGGCGAUGGUCAAAGAGUUGAAGGUGUUGUGUGAGGAGUGCAGAUCCAACAUCUGCAUAGAACAUGCAACAGGGAUCAUGGAGGAACUUAAGGCUCCUGAAAAUCUCUCUAAAAAGAUAUCUAAUAUAUCGUUAACGGGAGCUGCCAAGAAGGUGGAGAAAUUCCUCCUUGAGAAACUUGAGAUGUACGAGUCUGCUGUUGGCAAUUCAACGGUGAAAAAUGCACCGCGGAUUGAAGCAUUCCCUCCGGCCUUUCGAGCAAUUCCUCGUAAUCCUAUAGUCCUGGACCUUGCGUACAAUUUCAUCGAUUUUCCAUCUCUUGAGAAUAGGAUGAAGAAAGAUAAAAAGGGUUUGAUAAGCAGGUUUUGGCGAUGAGUUCCCUUUGCGGUUGUUUGUCUUCAUUUUUGCAAUACGCUCUAUAUUCAAGGAAUUUUGUUAACCCCUUUUAAUUAUUUGCAUCAGUGGAUUUUUCUUUAUCUUGGAUGUAUAAAAUUUGGAGAUUUUGAUACUAUCCGCUCAUACUCACCAAAAACAAAAAAGCGUUUUUAUUUCUUCCGUAACCUUCAAUUUAUUAUUUGGUUUGGUUACUGUGGAUUUUGGUGUGAUAUAAUAAGUAACAAAA